GGAUGACCCGGAAAGCCCGACCGCACCGCCUAGAGAGGGGUGGAACCUAGAUUUAGGAUCCCGCCCCCAGCCCCCCUGUCCUGCGUCAGCUGCAUUGCCUAUGGGGUCCUUUUCUUCUAGUCGGUGGGGAGAAGUCCCGGGCAAUGUCCUCCAGAGAUACUACGUUUCUACCUGGGCAGUGGUAGAGUCCUUGGGCUGGUGACCCACUCAAUCAACCCCAGGACAGGAGGCAAUUCCGGGCCGAGAUUUAGAAGGUUUGGACUCCAGUCGAAGUUCCGCCAUUUCUUAGCUAAGUGACGUCCAGCAGGUCACUUCACUCUCUGUGAUCCCGAUUUCCUCCCCUGUACAAUAGGGGUAAUUUCGAAAAGAAAAAUCAAACAAAACAGGCGGCAGCGUAAAGUUAGGGUGAGGAGUAGAAAGGAAGCUCUGGGUUCCGGGGUCUGGACCUUCAUCUCCCUCACAGCUAAGGGACAAUUAAUGAAAUGAAGGAGUGCGUUUUUCUGAAACUCAGUUUUGGGACGCCCUAGACGACGAAGCGAGUACCUCAGCUGUUCUGGCGCUCCAAGACUUCCCGUCCGCACAGCGGAAGCGCCCAGGAGUGGGCGGGGUGUGAGUGACACCUGGUGGCCAUAGUGCGCCAGGUCCGGAAGGCGGAGCUUGUGGCUGGGGAAGGAGGAGCCUAGGAGGUCUCUGAGCGCAGAGGUACCUGGGUAAGGCCCAAAAUGGCUCUGUACAGCUAGUACCCGUGUGAGGCCAGCGCGGGCCGUUCUGGUCGUCUCCUUGACGGUCACGUCUGGUUAGCCCUCUGUGCUAGGGCGGUGUGCUAUUGUAGAAAAGAGACGAGAACAAUGGCAGGGAGCCUCGCUCUGGGUGCAGGAAGGCGCCUAUGGAGCUGGGUGCCCCUGGCCUGCAGAAGCUUCUCUCUGGGUGUUCCUGGAAUGUAUUUUGUGAGGGUCACGGUCCCACCCCGCAAAGUGGUUGAUCGUUGGAACGAGAAGAGGGCCAUGUUCGGAGUGUAUGAUAACAUCGGGAUCCUGGGAAAUUUUGAAAUGCAUCCCAAAGAACUAAUCAGAGGGCCUAGGUGGCUUCGAGGCUGGAAGGGGAAUGAAUUGCAGCGUUGUAUCCGAAAGAAGAAAAUGGUUGGAAAUCGGAUGUUCUCUGAUGACCUGCACAACCUGAACAAACGCAUCAACUAUCUCUACAAAUACUUUAACCGACGUGGAAAGUUCCGAUAGAGGAGAAUGCUGGGGACCGUGGAAGAGGCAUAUCUAUGAGAAGAAAAAUGGCACUUUUCAUUUUGAGGAAAGGGAUUUGUGUGCUCUCCGUAAUAAAAUGGGGCUUCUUUAAAAUCUGUUAUCCACACACUUUAUUUUCCUCUAGAUGCUACUUUUACUCAUUCAUGUAGACUUAUCCCUAAGUCUUACAGUCUAAGAUUUGGACUUUACCACUUGCCCUUUGCAGUCUAGCCAUACCUGUGACAUUUAAAAAGUAAAAAUUAUUGUUGGCACUUUUUGACGUGGUGAUUUCAUGUAUUGAAAGUGGUAUUUUCAGUUGCCCCAUAAUACUAAAUGUUAAAUAUAUAUUUGAAAACCCUUUCACACUGGAAUUAAAUGUAACAAAAGUGGAAUUAUAUUUCUAUACUAGUCUCAUCAAAAAUAUUUAUUGGGUACUUUUUCUGAGCUGAGAAUUGUAGAAGAAAUAAAAAAGUGUAAUAUAUCCUUUACCCACUCCCUGCAUAUAAUUUUCUAGUUAGGAUAUAAAAUUAAUAGUUUCACAUGUACCCUUUAAUAUGAGGCAUUAAGUACCAUAUGAAUGCUUUGCCUGGCUGAUCAUCAGAAUCAUCUCGGUAAUUUAACAAUUUCCAAAGUCUGGUCCCUGUCCCCAAAGAUCUGUGAUCUGUGGAACUGAGGUGAGUCUUAUGCAUCUGUGUGUGUGUUCAAUACAAAAAAAAAAAAUCCAUACAUACAAUGCAAAUUUGAAAAUUACAAAAGGGUAAUCAGAUGAGAAAAUUUCUCCUCUGAUUUUUUUUGUUGUUCCUUCACAGGGGCAACCACUCUUAAAAGAUUCUUCUUAUUCUUUCACAUAUACAAUGCAUGUACAAGUUUCUAUAAAAACUGUAUAUCUCCUUCAA